UGUAAGGUUUGCGCCAUGAGUUCUUGAGCCGUGACUGCAAGCUCCCGACACUUCAUUCAUGUCAUACUUCUCUGUCGGCGAUUGGGAAUCAGACUGAGCUCACGAGCGCAUUGGCGUUUUAUGAACUGCAGGAGGGGUCAUUUUCACUGUCGUUUGGCUGAUUGGGUCAAUUCGACGGCGAGCACUGCGGAGUGGAGUUUUGAGACGACCGGAGCUUGGAGAUAAACAGGCGUUUCUAGUGCUGCGGCGAUAACAGAAGAUAAUAUACAUAAUAUGUUUUAUGUUUGCGUAACAGGAAAAAAACUAUUUUAGAUUAUUUAUGUUUUCCCUUUCUCGUACCACGUUUCUGCUAAUUUCAGUCGUGACAACAAAAUUAUGACUACAUGUAUCAAGAGCGGAAAUAAGAAAAGCUGACUUAAUGGUGCUAUAGUUUUUUUCUUUUGUCUAAUAUAUUGUGUGCUAUGGAGGAACUCUCGUGUCAAAAUGAGUUUGGACACUGAUGAUGCUGCGAACUCGUGGAGAAACGGUUCUGCGGAACUGUACACGGCGGCACCGCUGUCAGCCAACGAUUCCAACGUGACAACGGGCAAUGAGAGCGCGUUCGUUCCCCUGGACCUUACACGGGCGGUCCCUCUGGGUAUGGUACUGGGUGCUUUCAUUAUAUUUGCGAUCGUUGGCAACAUACUUGUCAUUCUCUCGGUGGUGUGCAACAGACAUCUGCGCAGCCCGACGAACUAUUUCAUUAUCAACCUAGCCAUUGCGGACCUGUUGCUGGGCACCACCGUGCUGCCCGUCUCCGCUACUUUGGAAAUCCUGAAUUACUGGGUGUUCGGGAGGAUAUUCUGUGACAUCUGGGCGGCCGUGGACGUCCUGUGCUGUACCGCGUCCAUCAUGAGCCUGUGCGUAAUCUCAAUAGACCGUUACAUUGGGGUGCGCUACCCGCUGCAGUAUCCGACCAUUGUGACGGAGAAAAGGGCGCUGCUGGCGAUGCUCGGAGUGUGGGUCCUCGCGGUGGUCAUCUCUAUCGGACCUCUGCUUGGCUGGAAACAACCUCCCUCCCCGGACGAUACGGUUUGCCUCAUCACCGAAGAGCCAUUUUACGCACUAUUCUCGUCCCUAGGCUCUUUCUACAUCCCCCUGGCUGUGAUUCUCGCCAUGUACUGCCGGGUGUACAUAGUUGCUAAAAGGACCACAAAGAACCUGGAGGCUGGAGUGAUGAGGGAGAGGAGGGAUUCGAACGAGUUCACGCUCAGAAUCCACUACAAAGGGUCGCAUCUUCACGAGGACUGCGGCGGCGCUGGGAAGGGUCGUGGGCAACCGCCGAGGUGCUCCCUAACGGUCAAACUGCUGAAAUUUUCCAGGGAGAAGAAAGCUGCUAAAACUCUUGGAGUCGUGGUGGGGAUGUUCAUUCUCUGUUGGUUGCCGUUCUUCCUCGCGCUGCCGAUUGGGUCUUUCAAUGCCAACUUGCGUCCGCCGGACAAAUUCUUCAAAGUCAUCUUCUGGCUGGGCUACUUCAACAGCUGCUUGAACCCCAUCAUCUACCCCUGCUACAGCCGGGAGUUCAAGCAAGCCUUCAUCCGCAUCCUCCGCUGCCAGUGCCGGAGCAGGAAACGCCCAGGCUGGAAGGCCUACAAGUACCGCAGCUGCCACCUGCACGCCUACGACCACGCCCACAAGGACUCCGCAGACAACAACUCCGCCUGCUUGAACGGCAGCCUGCGCACGCUGGCCUCCGCCAACCCCAGCCCCAGAGAGGGGCGCCGAGGCGUAGAGCGCCACUUGGAGCUCGGGAGGUUUCAAGGCUGGGGGCUUAGCCCAUCCCCCUGCCCCUCCCCUUGCCCCUCCCCUUUGCCCGGGAGCCGCUUGGACCAUCAGCAGGGGUCCCUAAGGGGGGCCUUUCUCCAGGGAGGGAAGAACCCGAACGGGACGAACUCGCACCCCCUCCGAGGCCACCAGGACAAACGGCCGGGCCUCGCGCUCUGGGCCAAACUGAGGGACAGGGGCGGGGCGUGGGGCGAACCGAGGGACAGCAUCCCGAACAAAGACGUCCCCUCGAGUCCAAUCGGGUGACGCGUCCGCGAUGAUGUCACCGCCGUGUGUGGAUGCACUGUACCGGGGUGGCACCUUUGACGCUACACUGACUGUCAGCGUCCGCUUUUUGUCCCGCUGCUGUGGAACAAUAAAGAUCCCACACCCAUUUUGUGUGUGUCCAGAUGCAUGCCAUUAAAUGUUGGAUCCAAGGGACGUGGGACCAGUGGCCCCCAGCCAUUGGUUAAGAACUACGAAGGGUCAGGGAUCAAGGUUCAUGGGUCAUGGCAAGGAUGUACAGCUGUGCUGGAGCUGUGAGCAAACUGGCACUCGGGCUCCACCUGGCUGCUGUCUACCUGUGAGCAUCACAGGGACAAUAAGAUGUGGGCGGAGCAUUGUUCCUUCUGAAACAGAGCAGCAAGCCAAGAUCACAGAUCACAGCCCACAAGCAGAUGUGUAAAAGACAUAACAUGGACCUUUGAGAGCCUGCAUGUGCCACCAUACACAGAAAUAUUUCUAGUGUAAAACGAGCUCUGAACAGUGUUAAAUUAACAAUAACGCCAUCCAGUAGGGACAACAUGUACUCUAUUAGUAUUAAAAGUACUCAGAGGAGAUUUUACGCUGAAAAUUUUGCUGUGUAGUUCCAGCUCUACUGUGGAAAAAAGGCAUGACGUUCUAUGUAGAGAUACCUUUAUCAUAUGCUGCCCAGUAGUGAUCAGGGUUUUCAUGCUGAAAUAACAAAUUGGACAGUGGUACUUUAAAGUUCUUGAAUGUACUUUUUUAGUGUUAUUGGUGAUAAUCUAUCAAAGCUUCUUGUCCCGUUUCUCGACCCGUUUCAUAUAAAUAAUGGCAAAAAUAAAUAAUAGAAACUGAUCCUGAAUUUAAAUUCUGAUUCUGCUCUAAACAGUGCUUGGAUUGGGGUUGAAGACGCUGAACCUGGAACAGAAUUAAUUGUCAGGAUAUUGAGGUAAUUUAUGUAUUUGUUACUGACAGUCUUUAACUAUCAGUCAUGAUAUAGAUUACUGUAAGUGUCUAUGCAGGUCUGAAAAGAAUAUGAAAAGAAUAGGCACAAUGAUCAACCAAAUAAAAAUGUAUAAAAAAGGUUUUAAAAUGACAAUUCUAAUUUUGAAUUAACUUUUAAAAAGGCUUGAUGUCUAGGUUUGCUCAACACAAUUGCACAAUACCUGUCCGAUCAUUUUCUCUUGGUCGUACUACUAGUUUUUUUUUUACAGCUAUAAAAUAUUGGGAAAAAUGAACACAACUUCCAAAUAUAUCCAAUGGACAUGGUUUAUAUUCCUGUUUUCUUUGAACUGACUUAAGCCAUUAGCCAACUAUCAUAACUCAAAACUAAGAAAACACUUAUACAUUAGUUUAUACGCAUUCCUCAAUAUUACUUUUAAAUAUUCAGGUUGUGCUACCUUGACUGAACCCUUGAAUGCAGUCCCUGUAGAAAAACAGUAACAUUAAGUCCUUUUUUGGCUUAAAACACACUUUCUGUAGCAAUCUGUCUUCUCGUGUUGCUAAGUUAACCGGAAGAGUACAAGUCCAUGUUUUUAAUUUGUACGCAGAUUUAUUCCAACUUACAUCAAAAACAUCUAAAUAAUAAUUUGGCCUGGCCUGACAAAAACCCAAUCUGUUGUCAUGAAAUAAAGUCCAACUUGGCCCAAAGCCAACUCAUACCUUGGACUACCAUGUGGUUUGCGCCAGCUAGUCCGGUCUUUGCCUACUGUACAGUUUUGUUUUGUUUUCAUGGGACCUUGAAAGUAUUUCAAAAAUCCUUGAAUUAGUUAAUGGUUGAGACCCAGUGAUGAGCAGUGAGAGCAACAUAUACUAUUACUGUUAGAGCAAAUAGCGUAGACUGUGUUGUAUCCUGAGGAGUGGACAGACAGCGUUGUAUGUUGACAGUGUUGUAAUGACAGAGUGAAUUGACAGUGUUGAAACAUCAGUGUGAGCAGACAUUUCUGUAUUCUGACAGUGUUGUAAUGAGAGAGUGAAUCGACAGUGUUGAAACCUGAGUGUGAGCAGGCAGUGUUGUAUCUUGAUAGUGUUGUUAUGAGAGAGUGAAUCGACAGUGUUGAAACCUCAGUGUGAGCAGACAGUGUUGUAUCUUGACAGUGUUGUAAUGAGAGAGUGAAUCGACAGUGUUGAACCCUGAGUGUGAGCAGGCAGUGUUGUAUCUUGAUAGUGUUGUUAUGAGAGAGUGAAUCGACAGUGUUGAAACCUCAGUGUGAGCAGACAGUGUUGUAUCUUGACAGUGUUGUAAUGAGAGAGUGAAUCGACAGUGUUGAAACCUGAGUGUGAGCAGGCAGUGUUGUAUCUUGAUAGUGUUGUUAUGAGAGAGUGAAUCGACAGUAUUGAAACCUCAGUGUGAGCAGACAGUGUUGUAUCUUGACAGUGUUGUAAUGAGAGAGUGAAUUGACAGUGUUGAAACCUGAGUGUGAGCAGACAGUGUUGUAUCUUGACAGUGUUGUUAUGAGAGAGUGAAUCGACAGUGUUGAAACCUCAGUGUGAGCAGACAGUGUUGUAUCUUGACAGUGUUGUAAUGAGAGAGUGAAUCGACAGUGUUGAAACCUGAGUGUGAGCAGGCAGUGUUGUAUCUUGAUAGUGUUGUGUGAGUGAAUAGGGAGAGUAUUAACCUGACUGAACACAGUGUUUUAUUCUGAAGUUCAAUGGACUGUGAUAUAGAGCGAAGGACAGCUGGAUGGAGAGGACCAGACUGUCCUUUGAUGGCAGGUUGAUUUGUUCUUCGGCACAAAAAGCCACAGAACUCGCAUUCACAAGUGGAAAAACAAGAGUGCCAGCUCUCUGCUCAGCUCCAACUGUGCCCAGCUCUAGAGGAGUAUAACGCAAGCAGAAUGUCUUAUUUAUUAUGUUAUUGCUGUAUCUUGACAAUGUAUGUUUGUUAAACAGUGAAUCUUUGGUGACUAUAUAUGGGUUCCCGGUCAUUCAAUCACAAUAAAUGAGUCAUGGAGUGAAUAGAUCCACUCCAAUUGUGUCCUCUUCACUCUGCUCUCAGAAAUAGGCUACAUCAGUCAAUCCAUAAUGUCUCAAGACAAGUCAUGGGGCGUGAGGUCAUUUUAAUGCAUGCGGUACUUUGGAUCCGAGAGACAGACAAUGUUCUCAGAAACAAAAGCAAUCUGAUUAAAAUCCUUUGUAGAAACAAUUGUGUGGGGAUGGGGGACUGUUCAGUUCUUCUGCAUCUAUAGAAAAUCUGCCUUAGAAAAUGUUCGGAUGAAGCUAAAGAUUGAAAUGUUUGUUUUUUGUUGUUGUUGUUUCGGUAUCUUUGGCAUCAUUUAUUUAAGAAAAAAGCAUUCAGGUGUUUUGUAAAUAUGGUUUCUGAAAUAAUUUUACUGCACACCUGUUUUAAACCUUGCAGGAUGAGGUCAAAGCACCAACACCUUUUUAAAUUGUAAGGCUUUUGUUGUUUGUUUGUUUUGAUGGGCAGAUAAUUUGCUCGAGACAGUAUAGUUCUAGAAUGGAAGGCAGGAACUGUGACUGGUCCAUUCGACUGUCCAUUAAAUGAGCCUUCUCACCCUUUGUCUCAA